UGUACCAGCUGGAGUAUCCGGACCAUUUUCAAAGGCAGCUCCACAUAGAGUACAUUGCAGUAAUCCAAGGGGGAAGUUACCAGAGCAUGUAUCACUGUUGCUAGGGAGUGCUGCUGGAUCUGCCUUCUUCAUGGUAUCCAUGGAAAACAUACCACUGGCAGAGUGAGAUUCAAAAUGAGACUUCAGAUGCACAAAGGUUCUCUGGAGGAAAUCUGGAGGCAUGUGUUGUAGUAACAAGGGGAAGGGGAUUCCUGGGACUCCAUCGGCAAUAUCCAUUCUGCUGGCACAACAAGGAACCUGGACUUAACCCAUAAUCUUUAAAAAAAAUCUGUAUCAGAAUAUUGGAAAAUGGGUGCCAUGCCAUUAAAUAUUUAAGAGUCCUCGGAUUUAGCAUCAUUCUGGAACAAUGUGGUGAUCAUCAAAACAUGGUGGAGAAUAUUUCCUGGUUUCUUCAGAUAAUACUGGAAACCCUCUUGCCUAAAUCCCUGGAGAGCUGUUUGGACUUAGAAUUGACAGCAAUGGGCUAGAAGGACCCAUGGUCUGGCAAUUCUUAUGUUCCUAUUUGGAACACCUCUCAGCAAAGUAUCCUCUGAAAGAGUUUGGCUCAAGUCUACUUAAAAUGUACUAUUCAGCUGGGUUAUUGACCACCAGGCUAUUUUUCACACAAGUGGGAAUAAUCUCUGCACCUGGAAACAUGAAAGCAAGAGAUUUUAAAGCUGGUAACUCAGUGGUCUUGAAUCACAGCAGCUCUUUUCAAUGAAUUACUGGCUUCCAAGCCAUGUUGCUAUUUCAAAUGAUGAUCUAGGAAUAAUGUUUGUUAGAAAAACAUGCCUACCUCUAGUAUCAAUUCUGAAUCAUUCUUCCUAUUUUUAUUGUUUGUUUCCUUAAGCUAGGCUUGGUAGCAGGUUAAAAAUUUCAAAAUCUUGCCAAGCUAAUUGUACCUGAAAAAAUAUGAUUCCAUCAUCUCUUCCCAAGUGGGUAAUGCUGACUUGCUAUUUUCACAAGAGAUUGACCAUCAAAUCCCUGCUGAUCCUUCUCAUGUAUUUGAGUUAAUCAUUGAACAUUGCAGGAUUCAGCUUCUCCUCUUUGCCAGCCAAGAGCUUUUUCUUAAUAUGGGUCAUGUUUAGCCUGAUUAUAAAUCGCAGUCUGCCUUUAGGAUUACAGAUCAGGAACUGCCCAAAUGCAGUCAACAGAUGCAUUUAAUUCACUAUUUAAACCUUUCAAAGCCUAUUUAGAUUUUCUUUUGGUUCCCCCUUCUCUUCCUGACUUUGUUUUUGUUUUGUUUCUAUUUAUUCAAUUUAUUCUAUUAUUACAUUUUUACCCCACCUUUUUUCCUUUUAACAAGGAAAUCGGUGUUCGCAUGGUCCUCCUCCAUUCCAUUUUAACCUCACAACAACAAUGCUAUGAGGUAGGUUGGGCUGAGAGCCCAUGACUGGCCAAAAGUCACCUAGUGCUAGAACCCUGGUAUCCUGAGUCCCAGUCCAGCUCUCUAACCACUACCCCACACAGCACAAGUUACUUUCUUGUGUGCAGAAGGGUUGAUACGUUUAAGUUAUCACUUUUAAAUCAGAUAUUUGAUUUUAGUUCUUAGUCACAAAUGCAAAUUGUGCAUUUCUUUAUUUGUUACACAGUAUUUAUAUGACCAUUAUUAUAUGAUCCCUUCCUACUUCAGAAUGAAGAUGAGGAUUGGAGAUAAGAAUUUCAUCUACAAAAAGCUUUAAAUCCUCUGUAUCCAACUUUUGAUGUUAUUGCAGAACUGAGAUACAAAAAGCAUUUUCUUUUUCCUGCUUUUCUAAUAUUUAGCCUCUAGGUGGUGCUGUGCUAUAGCAGAAUAAUGCAAUUAUACAUGUAGGAAAAUGGUUCCUUUCACUUUCAGAAAUAAUACCCUACUCCAAGAAACACCUGUAAAAGAGUAAAAAUUGUGUUUAAGCUUAGAAAAGAAAAGGAAAACUGGAGGGUCAGAAUGUUGUCUAAAAACCUGUUAAAAAAUGAGCAGUCACAAGUACAUAAUAAUUUAUUCCUCUAGCUCAAAAUGGACCACAAGAAAAGGGCGUAUUAAUUGCUGAGGGAUGGACACAUUUGUCAGCUAGCUUUUUCCCACAUUCAGAAUGUUUAAACUUUCAAAUUCUUUCAUUCCCAAAUACAAAUGCAGAUUUUGCAAAUGUUGGUAAAUCCUCACCCAAAUCAAAGAAACUAAAUCUCACCCAUCUCUAUAACACCUUCAGUUGUUUAUUGCAGCACAGACUGUCUGUCAACCCACAGAGACAGUGUUGUACUAAAUUUAGAAGUUCAGGAGCUUAGCAAGAGAGGGUGUACCCAUACGGGCACAUACCAACAAGCAGCAGCACAUAGCAUAAUAAUGAAUUCUUUACCAUCAGCAUGACAGCAAUUCUGUGCCUAGAUACCUAAGAGUAAGCUCCUCUGAGCCAGUGGCCCUCGCUUUUGAUGGUGUGCAUUCCACUUGUAAAGCACAUUGAGCUGUGACAAAAGGUCUUCAGCCAGUUGGAAUGCAACCUUCAGCUUUUAAUUAGAAGUGCAAGCAAUCUUGCAAAGUAGUGUUACCAUCUCAGAUUGCUAGAGUGGAGUAAAAGUCCCGCCACAGAAAAAAGAGUCCAGCCUCUGGUGCAUUAUUUUCCUCAUUCACUGACUUCCUAUUUAUGAAUCCGGCACAAAGAAUAGUAAAAUUUGAAAGCCUCGUUAUCACUUCAUUCCCUUUCCAGGACAAGGAAUGUCUACCAAUUCCUCUGGAGCUCUAGGAGAUGACAUCAGCGCUCCUAGGCUGAACGACAUCCUGAGGUGUGUGUGCUACCCAGAGACAUGCUCAUUGGAGUCCACGAACUUUCAAGCUUUCUUACAAUGUGGUGCCUCUGGUAGCGUCUUAGUAUACCACUUCACAGAGAGCACCCCCACCUGUCUUUUUAGGUUGGUGGAAACAUUGGAGAUAAUGUAAUGGGAACUCUCAUAAAAUGCCUGCUAUGAAGAGGUUGCUUAUUCAUAAAACAGCUGCCAGGCAGCAUAGCCAGUCACAAAAGAGUCGUUUUCCACAAAGCAAACUGUGAGACUAAAAGAAAAGCAAUGGCCCAGGAACCUUAGCGUAAAGCUGAGUACAAGCUCCAAAACACAAACGUGCUCUUUGAACAUGGAUAAAAACGGGAUUGGAGCUUAAAAAAUAAAAUUGCAAGCGGAAGAGGCAGAGUUCCUGACUGGUACCACUGGGAGUGCCUAAGAACACACUUGUGGGCACAGACUGAGAACAUGCAUUGCUUCGGUGGUAAUCUUUCCAGAUUAAUUUCCCCUCUUCCACUACCUCUCUGUGUACUUCAAAUAGACUCUUCAAAAAUUGCAUGAAAAGGACAGUGGCUAGAAACGUUCACCUGAUGAAAUUCUUGGUUCUGUGCAACUACAGAAGCUCCCUCGAGGUCUCAACCUGCCUAAGAACCAAAUCUUUGGAGGCCAUACCAGAAAAUCUCUCCCCCAUCAUUCUAGCACUCAAGUGUCGUCUCAGUGCCUUCCCUACUAGCAGGUAGGCAAAGUCCCCAGCGUGUCUGGAUGAUAAAGCAUUUCUCUUUUAUGCUCUGAAAAUAACAGGCAAUUUAAAUUAGUCAUCAACCCACUGAUUUACAAAGUACAAAGGGAGAGUCCCAGUUCCCUUGAACCAGGUUUGCUGCUCAGCAAAAGUUCCAAAGGACUCCAUUGGCAUAACCUAGGUGGAAUUGCAUGCUCCAAGAACUCUCCUAGCAUUUCUUGGCAUCUCUUGCCCCAAGAUUGUAAAUUUUCUGCCACUGAAAUGAAAGCAUGGACAGCCUACCUGAUACACCCCCAAUGAAGUAAACACAGUGUGAAUCCUGAGUUACUCCUGUAUUCACAUAUUCCGUUCUUGGUUCCUGAGAAAAUAGCAAGGACUGGGAUGCCACACUGCUGCUUAGCUGCAAUUUCUGCCAACUCUGUUCUCUAUUUGUAUUUCCUUCAGACCAGAUGCUAUACUAUUCUUAAGGGUAGACAAUGGGAAGGGAUGCUGGUAAGAAGGGAUAACAUGUUGGUGUGCACAGCUGCACAACACUGGGCGUGAUUGAGCCACUUGACCGUGAUUCACUGUAUCAUCCAAGUUUGGAUGACACAUUAAGCCAUGAUGGGUUAUUCUUAGGACAAGCCAUGAGUAACUAUGGUGGCAUUUACAUAAACCAUAUACAGUAUUAGGUCUGGAUGACAUGUUAACAUGUUGCCCAAACUCAGUUAUUGUGUUUUGGGAAAGAGAUGCUUAAAUGCCAGCCAUUUGGUAACAUAGCAGCAUAAUUUUAUAGAUUUUACAAUAGGCAGUUUAUUUCCUGUAGUCUUGUGUAUAAGAGGGAAUAUACUUUUGUGAGAGAAUAUAGUUUUGCAGAUAUUCAUUUGUGAAGGAAUAUAUCUUUAGACCCAUCGUGAAUAGAAUGCCUACAAGGCUCCAUUUAUUUCCUGAAACCUUCGAACUUUUGUCCAACUUUUCAUCACAUCCCAGCCAGAAAGAGUUGCCAAUAGUUUUUCUAAUAUAUAUACCUAUAUGCACAAAAUAGUACACUUCCCUUUUAUAUGCUGAAUAACAUAUAUUUUUAUUCUUCCAUCACAUACUGAGCUCCUACUUAAAGCUAUUUUACCACAGAUAUUUCACAAGCAAUUUGGUGAUGCACUCAAAAUUAUAAUUAUUGAAUGCAUUGGUUUCUUGAGUGAUCUUCUUAUAUUAUUAUAUAUAUUCUUUUUGUUCUAUUUAUUUUUUAUCUCCAAAAUGAAAUAAUAAUUCAGAUCAAAAAAGAAUGUGUAUACCAUCACAACAAAACAGAUGUUAGUUUAAAUAUGUGUUUAAAAGGUCUGUCUCUCAUCCUCUUUUUACACUAGAGUAGUUAUUCAUUCCAUCACCACCUCCAGCAAGGUUAGGGUCCAUGUCCUUAAAAUGUACCCAACACAGCAGUGAGGCUUUUAAGAAGCCUCCAUUAUGGACUAAUAGAGGGUUUUUAAAAGCCUAAAUCCAGCAGCAGGGAGCAGGAAAGAUCCCUUAUCUCUCAUCAGAGAUAAGAGUUGUUCCCUGCCUGGGUGAGCUUGGGAAGGGUUCAGGGGAAAGACUUGGGGUUGGGAAAGAAGCUGGCAGGUCAAGUGGGAAUCCUGCAGGGUCGAUACUGCCAGGUUUCUGUUUUAGGAUUUAUAAAUUACAAAUGGAGGCCAGAAAACAAAUUCCUCCAAGGUGAAUGCUCAUAUGCCUUGAAGUAAUACUAUGAACACUGCUUCCAUUGCAUCAUGUUGGUGACUAUUGAUUCCCAGUGCUUUGUGUCUCUUUAUUCCUCAUAAGGAGUUCUCUCUUUCGGUCUGUCUGUCUGUCUGUCUGUCUGUCUUUCAUAGAUUUAGAUUUUAUUGAAAGCAGUUUUUUAAAAACUGAUACUGGCCUCCCCACCCUUGUGCUCCCAGAUGUGUUGGAUGUAUUUCCCAGGUAGCAUGUCCAUUGACCACUGGCCUUGCUGGCCGGGAAUUCUGGGAGUUGCAGUUCAACACAUCUGGAGAACAGCAGGUGGGGGAAGGCUGGGCUACUAGAUAACUGAAACUCUUUCAUUAUAUUUAUUUUUAUUAUAUUGGAAACAUAACCAUCAAUUCUACAAUCUCAGGAAGCAAUAUUGUUCUGGAAAGUUUUCCUUAAAGUAUUUCACAAGUGGAGAAGCUUUACUGUUUCCCUUGAGAGAGCACACUUUACCACACUUGUGGUACAUUCUGUAAAUGAUUUUGUUAAAAGAAAGUUUUCUCAGGCUCUCUAGGAUUUUGCCUCUUCAUCCCUUCAGUAUAAUCAUGGCACUUUACAAAGUUCUUUCAAAAGUUCAGCUUUGCUUCAGAAAGACAGACCAACUAAUGAGAUCAUUUGCUGCUAUAAAGUGGGGGUUUUGUCUACAUAUGAGACAUUACUAUAGCUCAAACGUGGUGUUGAUUCUUAGGGACUGGGCCAACUUUGUAUCCUUCUAAUAUUUUUAAUAUUAGACUUUCUAAUAUUUUAAGCUAUUGUUGGAUUAUGAGCAAUGGCUCUGUUGGAUCAUCAACUUCCUCUUGCCACAGUCAAUGAGUUUGUUUCACUUGCCACAAUCAGGUCUACUGGGCAGCCGAUAAAAAGAAAUGCAUAGAUGAAUGCCUUACAGGAAACCAUGCUGCUACAAAACACAAAACAAGAAAGAACAAUUCAGCCUGGGUAGUUAUGCAGAGUUGCACAAAAAUAAAAGCAGAAACAAAAAACAUACAAGCAAAACAUCAUAGCACGUAUUCAGGCAGUUGGAGCAAUGGCAGCAAAGGUGGGUAAAGACAAAGCAAUGUAAUAUGCAUGGAGUAAACUCAGAUAUUAGGGUCUGGUCUGGUAAGCAUCAAGCCACAGAGCAGGGACAGGUAAACAGGAUGGGGGUGGAGGCCAGAUGACUGCCCACCCACUGUGUCCUCCAUGACUUCAGGGGGCAAGGAUGGGGCCCUGCUUCCAACAUAAUUCAGUUGCCAGCAUCCAGCUUUGCUGCGCAAAUGCUUUGCCCAUCAGAGAAGGCUGAUGUUCGAGAAAGCCACUUUGCCCGUCCCACACCUUCGUCUCAUAGCAGGGAAACAUUUGGUCCUUGGAGACAUAUGCCCACCUAGAAUGCAGUUGGGAAGCCUCUUCACUCUGUGCAGGUUGCCUCCCAUUUGGAGGGAGCCUGUGUAAAGCCUUAUGCCUUCCUCCACUGGGGAGAGCAUGUAGGGUGGAUGAAGCCACCACUCCACCGAUACCUUUGAUCAGAGAUCACAGCCAGCUGGGAGAGUCCCCUGCGUGCUUUCACCAUCUACUGGGCUGUGAACAGAGCACGGGGGAAUCCCUUUCACUUUCAAGUGAAUCUCUGCUGUUUCUACUGUUUUGGUUCAUGGGUUUUGAGGGUGUGCAGCUGGAAUAUGCAAGAUUCAGCAGAGAUGAUACUUUUCCUAAAGGGUAGACACUAAAAGGGCCAUGACAAAAGGAAAUCCUGCAUCCUGCUUACUAUUUUUUUGCUAUCGGCACAUAGCUUUUUUUUUUUUUUUUAAGAGCAAGAAAAAUGUACCCAGUUUGUAUUAAGUUAUACAUGGCGGUUUGCAGAAAUAUGUCACUAAAGUUACAAUGACUUAGAAACAUAGAAACAGAGCGAGUCAGAAGGGGUCUCCUGGGCCAUCUAGUCUGACCUCCGGCACCAGCCAGCUCCACUCACGACAUGCCCACUUCUUUUAUUCUACAUUAUUUCAAAAUAUGUACAGAUUUAUCUCUGUACAUUUGUGCCUAAACAUAUGUAAUUAUAUACAUAAUGUUUGUGAACUGCCCAGAGAUCUAUGUUAUUAGACAGUAUAGAAAUUAUAUGAAUUGAUAAAUGAAUUUAUAGAGACCCAGAGGAAAUUGCACAGAUGAUGACCCAAACUUCUUACCCCAUCUCCUGAUCCUGGGUGAUCUCAGAUAAAGCUUUUAUUAUGUAAUUACUUCUUUAAUGGAAUGUUAUGGAGUUGGGGGUUGUUGAGAAAUUGUCAUUGUCUUGCAUGAGUCAUCCUCCCUUACUUCCCCACCACUUCUUCCAUCAUUUCUUCUUCCCUCAGAAAACCCUCUGAGGAUGGGAAGUCAGAAUAGCUGUGCAAUGGCUUUUGACUGGUAAUAUUGGGAGCUAUCUAGUUUGAAGUACCCGAGGAAUCCAAUAAAAUAUGCUUUAAAUUGUUAUUUUAACUGGAAAUAAUAUUUCCUUCCCCCUACCUAUCCCUUUCCAAGGAGGUUAAGCUGACUUAUUUGGUCCUCCCAUUUAUCUUCACAACAACCCUAUGAGGUAGGAUAGGUUGAGAGACACGAACUGACCCAAAGUCACCCAGGGAAUUUCAUGGUUCAGUGGAGAACAGAUGUCACAAUCCAAAACACUACCACUAGGCCACCCCAAUUUCUCUUGCCUAUACUCCCUUAUAAGUCAGCUUAGCCAUAGUCUGACCAAUUGUAAAGAAAGCAUUUGGCCAUGUCCCUAGUUUUAAAUCCCUUUAAAAAAUCCAGUAUGAAAAACAGAAAAAGUGCAUGGUAUGAGCAUGGUAUGAGCAACCUUCAGUAGAAUGGAGGUUCUACUUCUUCCUGCAAGCUCCAGCAACUGUAUUUUAUUAAAAUAUAACACUGCACUCUGACUGAUAACAAUCUGGUUGCAACUGCAUAUAGCAUCUUUGCUCUUUCUUUAUUAAUUUCCACAGAGCACGGGUAUCCAUAGAACAUGCCCAGAAGGGGAGUAAAGUGAUUGCAUAGUGUCACUGCCACUUUGGUAGCAAAUUCUGGGAUAUCCACUAUAAUGAGAAGACAAGAUAUGUGUAUUCUAACACUGGUGUAGUGAUAAUAGCCACAGUAGUGCAAUAAAUAAGGAUAGAGUUACACUUACGGCUCCUUAUUCCAGUUUUAGAGAUUGGAUGUGAUGUUUUCCCACUUUAAUUCACUGUAUUUCAGAUAUGUAGAAAGUUUCCUUUUGAGAUCUCACACACACACAAAUCCACAUUGCUAACAUGAUGUGAUAUCAGAGCUCCAAUCUUGCAGUGAAUAUUUGGAAGUCCUGGGAUAAAGUAAUUGGCCUUAAAAUCAGGAAGGGCUAUCAGCCUCUACUUGCGAAGUUGUCAUUACCUAAGCUAGUAUUCUACCCAGCUCUUUUGGUCCCUAUUCAGUUACACAGCUUAGGACACAUAACCUUGUGCAUGUUUAGACAGAAAUAAUUCUGUGCUUGAUGGGGCAUGCUGGGAGUAGGUAGACUUUUUUCCUACCUAAAUAUGCACAAGAUCGCACCCCUAGCUGCCCAGAAAAGCUGAGGCUAAAACAGUUCAUCCAGGUUCACAGAAAGACAGCGGUAAAGUUGAUAUGUGCCUCUGAGAAAGUCCCACAGCCAAGCCUUCUGAAUGAGCAAACUAAACUGUCCGGGGAUAAGAAGGGCAGUGAGAUGCACAGUGUGGUCCCACAGGGUUUUUGUAUUGAGACGCAUGCUUUUCAACUUAUCUGUGAAUGGUUUGGAAUUAGGAGUGAACAGUGAAAUAGCCAGGUUUGCUGAUGACACCAGAUUAUUUAGGGUGGUUGAAAUAAAAAGGAAUUGUGAGGAGGUCCAAAAGGAUUUCUCCGAACUGGAAGAAUGGCAUCAAAAUGGUAAAUGUGGUUCAGUUGAAAAAAUCCCAAGUUCAAGCAUAAGCAGAUGGGAUAUGAGCUACUAAUGACUACUAAUGACUAACCAAGACAGCGAUCUUGGGCUUGUGGUGGACAGCUCAAUGUAAAUGUCAAGCCAGCGUGUGGCUGCUGUGGAAAAGGCAGAUCCCAUGUUAGGAAAAGGAACGGAAAGAAAACUGUCAAUAUUUGGUGCAACUUCACUUGGAAGCCUGUGGACAGCUCUGGUCACCACACCUAAAAAAUGGUUCGUGCAAAAUUGAAAAGGGGGCAGAAAGGAAACUUUAAAGUAUCUGGGAGUGUUUAGCUUAGAAAAGAGUAAGAGGAGAUAUGAUAGUGGUGUACACAAUUGUGCAUGGUGUGAAAAAAUGCGCACAGAGAGACCUUUUCUCCUUCUGCCAUCAAACUAGAACUUGGGCUCAUCCCAUAAAGGUGAUUGGUGGGAAAUUCAGAACAUAUAAAAUGAAGUACUUCUCCAAACAACUCAUAGUAAAACUGUGGAAUUCCCUGCCACAGGAAUUGAAUGGGCACCAAACUGGAUGGUUUUAAAAGGAGAUUAGAAACCAGAUGCAUGGGGGAGAAGGCUACUAAGGGCUACUGGUCGUGAUGGUUAAAUGUCACCUCUAAUAACCAGAAGCACAUGUACACCAGUUGCUGGGGAACUUGAGCAGGAGGGAACUGAGGCAGCUGUUUGGUCACUGGACCAGAUGGACCCUCCUUAUGUUCUACGGGUGAUCUAUGAACAGUUCCAUGUAUACGUUGGAUACAUUAGAUCCAGAAUGGUACACAGAAAGAGGGUAGAGUCCGAUUUACCUUACUAAAAUGCCCUUUAGAUUAAUCCCAUCAAGCCUGUGCAAUGUGCAGGUUUACACAUUUCCUGACACAUUCCUAUACAUCGCCCCUUUCCCUUUUUAUUUACGUGUGAUUUCUCCGGCAACUCCUGACUACAAAAACAUUUCCAAGGAAGAUCCAACUCAGAUUAAAAGAAAAAUAACAACAGCACCUCAAGCCCCCUCCCCCCACAGCUCUGGUUUCUUUCUAGAGUAGGAUAGUAGCUUGCCGAAAUCACAGCCACAUUCUUCCCAUAGUAGUCCUUUAAAAUUAAUAGCACAUGCAGAGGAAAAACUAAACCCCUUUGACGUCACUCGUGCAACGAGGAAACAUAAACAGAGAAGGCUUCACUCCAGCGAGCUCGCAGGGCGCGCGCUGAUUGGCCGCCUCUGCUGCGCCCGGGGCAGUUGACAGCGCCUCCCAGCCAGGCACGGCCUUCUACUUGCUGCUUAGCACUCCGCCAGUCAGAGACUGCAGCAAGCGGUGCUGAGCACUAUCCCAGCACUUGCCUGGCAGAAAAGUGCAGGCUCUUGUUGGAGUCUCCCGCUCUCCCUCUCUCUCCCCCUGCGCGCUUCUUCACGUUAUCUCUCGCUCGGGCAUUUCUCCCCUUCCCAGCCUCAUCCAUGUUCACGCGCACCUUUCUCUGUCCCCGCGUGCGUCCCACUUAAUUCUUUGCCUAAUCCUGGAUGCAGUUUCUGGAUUCUGCAGUACAAGUCUUCAUGAACAAGCCGCACUGCUUACAGAUUUCACAGCAUUCAAAGGUCACAGAAUUGCCACUAUGGUUAAAUGUCUUGUUUAAUGGUUGAGAGGUGUGGAGAAAUCUCAUUCGAUGGUCCAGAGCAGAAUGCCAAAUGUGUUCGCAUGCUAGGAGAUGCACGGCUGAGAGGUCAGACAGGGGUUCUCUCUGAGCGGCGUGGCUCCUACCCAUUUAUUGACUUUCGCCUUCUCAAUAAUACCAUUUAUUCAGGGGAAAUUGGGACAAAGAAAAAAGUAAAAAGACUACUAAGCUUCCAGAGGUAUUUCCAUGCAUCAAGGCUAUUGCGUGGAAUCGUACCGCAAGCUUCACUGUACUUGCUGGAUGAAGACUACCUUGGCCAAGCAAGGCACAUGCUAUCCAAAGUGGGGAUGUGGGAUUUUGACAUUUUCCUCUUUGACCGCUUGACAAAUGGAAAUAGCCUGGUGACCUUGCUGUGCCACCUCUUCAACAUACAUGGGCUUAUCCACCACUUCCAGCUAGACAUGGUUACAUUACACAGAUUCUUAGUUAUGGUGCAAGAGGAUUACCAUAGCCAGAACCCGUACCACAACGCUGUUCAUGCUGCUGAUGUCACACAAGCUAUGCACUGUUACCUAAAGGAGCCCAAGCUUGCUAACUUCCUCACACCUCUGGACAUCAUGCUUGGAUUAUUGGCUGCUGCAGCCCAUGAUGUAGAUCAUCCGGGAGUCAACCAGCCAUUUUUGAUAAAAACCAAACACCAUCUUGCCAGUUUAUAUCAGAAUGUCUCUGUAUUAGAAAACCAUCACUGGAAGUCUACGAUAGGUAUGCUUCGAGAAUCAAGGCUGCUUGCACAUCUGCCCAAGGAAGAAAGGCAUGAUAUUGAACAGCAGCUGGGCUCCCUGAUCUUAGCAACAGACAUCAACAGGCAGAAUGAAUUUUUGACCCGGUUGAAAGCCCAUCUCAAAAAUCAGGAUUUGAAAUUAGAGGAUGCUCCAGAUAGGCAUUUUAUGCUUCAGAUUGCACUGAAGUGCGCAGACAUCUGUAAUCCUUGCCGGCUCUGGGAGAUGAGCAAACAGUGGAGUGAGCGAGUUUGUGAGGAGUUCUACAGGCAAGGUGACCUAGAGCAGAAAUUUGACUUGGAAAUAAGCCCUCUUUGUAAUCAGCAGAAAGACACAAUACCUAGUAUACAAAUUGGCUUCAUGACCUACAUUGUGGAGCCACUCUUUGAAGAAUGGGCCAACUUUACUGGAAACACUCCCUUAUCUGAAAACAUGCUGAACCAUCUGAGGAGGAACAAGACCAAGUGGAGGAGUUUGCUCCAUAAGCAGCACAGCAGCACCAGCAGGGGCACUGGCCACUCAGUGCAAAUGACUGAAGAGGAAGAACAGACUUUAAACGAAGGAGAAACGCCCUAGUGGCGACUUCGCACUCUAAUCUGCAGGGUCGCCAUCUUUCGUCUUUCUUGGGAGUGAACAAAAUCCUGAGGGUCUGUGGUGUCAUCGUGAACAAUUCAGGAAGCGAAGAAAGCAGGGAGGAACAGCUAAGUUCCAGGGGCCCUCCUCAAGAGAAUCUGUGUUGCUUCUGGAUUUGGUUGUGAAGCUCUGCCAAAUCCCACUUCCUCAUCUUACUCUCUGAAGCCAUUCAUCACUUCUGAUCAUAAACUGCUUGAUGAGAAGCUUUGUUCAGUUGUGCUGAAACGGGGACAGCAAGCAGGUACCAACUAACUGGAGGAUUAGUGGGCCCAGGCCAGAGCAGGGUGCUCCUGGUCCGUGGUGCCACUCACUUUGGGUCCUACUGUGACAUGCACUUCUGCCCAAAGUCCUGGAGCGAUGCACAGUCUUCAGUCUAGCAGCUGGGCUGCACAUUCAAAGCCACCAUCACCAGCAGCAGCAGUGUCAGAACUCAGAGGACAUCUGGCCACAUAAGAGAAAAGUAUCUCCUUUUAAAGAAUUGAAACACUUUUUAAAAUUUUUAUAUUUGGUGCACUGGACAAGGAAUCUAAAAAAAACCUUGAAGUAAGGUUAUUCUGUGUACACAAAGCUUUGUCAUGGUGGUGCCCAUUAAUCAUUUUACGCCACUUUAGAUUAAAAAAACUGACAUUCUUCUCACUGCAAGAACAGUAUUUCCUACAAAAUCAAAAGGGAAGAGUUGUACAGUUUAAAUGUUUCCAGAUGUCUCUUUUGAUGACUGUAUCUGUGACCUGUUUAUAUUCGCACAUCUAUGUCUCCUGUAUAUAUAAAGCUCUACUGAUUCCCAUACCAAAAUACCUAAGUAUUAUGGGAAAGCUACCUGUAUAAACAAUGGCACUGUGAACAAAAUACUGUUAGUUUUAGUAUUGGAAGUAUUUGUAAAUACGUUAGAGACUAUUAAUACACUUUUGUUUGCAGGUAAAGGC